AUGUGUAGGCCCGGAAAGUUCAUCAGAGCCUACCUGCUCGAGCCCCUGAAAGACAGUUCCAUCGGAUUCGGGCAUGAGAAUUACGUACCGACUCGGAGAGAUGCGGGCCACCAGAAGUUGUACAAACUGGCCGUUUUAUUCACGCGGGAUGGAUAUGCCCAUUGUUUAAGAUUCACAUCAAAGGGAAAGAAUGGGUACAAGUCGCUGAGUAGGGAUGAACAGCUCAACCACCUUCCGGUGUUUGCUGGGGGAAGCUCGGAGAAAGUUCCGCACGGCGCGCCCUACGCUCUAUACACGAAAGACAAGAAACAGUAUCCAGGAUCCAUGCUUUGCUUUGACAUUUGCCGCGUCAAGCUCACACAUACCAUCUAUGAGGCGGACGGUGAAUGGACAGAUCGUUCCGCCGUGGAUGUUUACCAUUUCCUGAUGAGGAAUGCCUAUGUUGCCGAUGGCAUGCGAGACUACCUGUGGGACGGAUUCAAUAUCAGUGAGAAUAUCACUGAAUCGUUUCAUGGCUACCGGUCGCCCGCCGCGCGGAGAGGCGAAGGAGAGUAUCGCCCUCGGGAGUCCGCGCAGAAAGCAGAGGACAUGAUGGCAAACACACCUCAAAGACUUUCCACUCAUCUCGGCGACGAUCAAGUGGGAGGAGUUCGUGUUCAUCAUCGAGGGACCAAUUCCAUCCGCAACGCUCUGUCUGACAACAGUAAAGUUGACACGGUUCCAGAGAAGGGGGGCAGAGUUCCCAGACUUGUUAGUGGGUUCAACGAGGUCAGCGAUUCUGCAGCGCAGCGCAGUCUGCAGCCUUACAAGCAAGCCAGAAAUCGAGACUUUGCCCCCCCACGAUAA